GUUAUACAUAAUUUCGACAUCGUUAAAGAUAAAACCAGAAUCAGUAAAAAUAACAGCGUUGAAAAUAAUAUUGUUGAAAUUGAAGAUUAUAUUGGUGAAGAUAAUAUAGGAGAAGAUAACAUCGUUAAUGAGAACAUCGUUGAAACGUCACUAACGGAAGAUGAAAAGAUUAACAUGAAAUAUUGUCAAGCAAGAACAUGUAGUUUCAUGUUUCCAUAUUUUCAACCAGAACAAGAGACUCGUUCUAACCUUCAUACUCGCACUUAUACACAAUUAGCACGAUCUCUAAAUCGUACGAUGGUUCUAGCUAAUGUUGGUAAUUCACGAAUUCAAGUGUGUAAACCACAUCCAUUUUCCUUUUAUUAUGAUAUAGAAGCAUUACGAAAACAGUACCCUGACGUUCGAUUCAUAACGCAAGAAAAAUUUUUAGAAUGGACAAAAGAAAGAAAAAUUCGACCAACUGCGCAACAUUCAUUGAUGGUUCAAGAUGGUAAAAAUACUACUGAUGGUUUGUGCCCUCAAGAAAAAAAGACUAUGGGGUUUAAUGAAGGAGUUAAAAUAUUCGCAGAAAAAAGAA